UUCAUCGUGCUUUUCGAGGUUUUCACAGCGAACAGAGAACACCAUCGCGGACUGAUCUGUGGAAUGUCUUUUCGUCGUCCAAGUUUGUAAUUUUUCAGUUCUUUUCACUAGUUUCGUGCUCGAUACGCGUUUGUAUUUGCAAUUAAUAGAACACUUUGAGCUCGUGAAUACUGUUAUUGGUGUUUAAUUUCUAAAGCGCAACUUGAAGGCUUAAUUUUGCACUUUCUGGGCCAGUCGUGACAAGGAGGAAAAAUUGCAAACGCGAUUAUGUGAUUGCCAUAGUCGAGUCGCUGAUGAGCUGUGUGUGUGAGAAAGGGUCGUGAUUCUUUUCUCACUCAUCGACGUUCGUUUUCCGUUUUCUUCGAUUUGUCGGAAAAGUAGCGAGAAAAUAACCCAUCGUGAAUAGUCGAGCAUCGAAUAUUAGUGAAAAUUAGUGCCGUGGUCGACCGCACUAGUGGGCGUAUUGAAAUAUUAAAAAAAGCAAAUUUUCGAGUUCAAGGAAAAUUGUUGGUUCUUCAAAGCUCGAAGGAUCAAGCAGACGGAAGCGCUUUCUGGAUACGCUGUAGAGGACAUAGUGGAAAAGAAUAAGAGUAACAUACGGCGGUAAGAAGCAACGACAGUGCCCCGUCCGUAUCUCGAACACGGCCAAAGUGUACGUGCGUGUGGUGCAACCGUGCUUGUAUUUGUAUCCGCGGCCUCGAAGUGAAAAAUAAUGAGUCGCCAUGAAGGUGUCAGCUGCGAUUCGUGUCUAAAAAGUAACUUCCGUGGACGUCGCUACAAAUGUCUGAUCUGCUACGAUUACGAUUUGUGCGCCAACUGUUAUGAAGAAGGGGCAACUAGCACGCGACAUUCGGCAGAUCAUCCGAUGCAGUGUAUUCUUACGAGGUCCGACUUUGAGUUAUACUAUGGUGGUGAAGUUCUAACUCCCGAUCAACCACAAUCGUUCACCUGUCCGUACUGCAAACGAAUGGGUCUCAGCGAUUCUGCCCUUCUCGAGCAUGUUAGUGCUGAGCACACCGACACGGGCCUGGAAGUCGUUUGUCCCGUGUGCGCUGCUCUACCUGGUGGUGAUCCCAAUUUGGUGACGGACGAUUUUGCUGGACAUUUAAGCCUCGAGCACCGAAGUGGAUCGCGAGAUCUGAUCUCGUUUCUGGAUGAACCUUCCGCUAUUCGGCAUGGAGGUGUGCGAAGGAUGCCACAUUCUGGCCGAACACUUGGUGGACCGCGCUCAAGACGUUCCAACAUGCACUUCAGUUCAUCGGGCGGUGGUUUAUCAACACUAUCGCCCUCUGGUCGGGAAUCGGUCGAUCCUAUCGCAGAACUACUGCAACAGCUGUCCAGUGUCCGCCGCGGAGGCGCUCCACAGCCAUCACAGCUACAGCAGUUGCAGAUACAAAUUCAGUUGGAACGACAGCAAGUGAAUGCUGCCCGACAGCAGCUGGAACGAUUACCACGACGUCAGCAGCAACCAGUUGUGACCUCGGCGACAAAUGCAACCGGUGGUAGUAAUGCGACAGGUAGUGCCAGUACAUCGCAACAAUCCAGUUCGAUUAUCACACUCAAUGCGACCGGCUCCCGCGAUGCACCGAUUGCUUCGUCUUCAUCGCUGCCAAUGGUAUCAUCCGGUAUCGGAGCGUGCAACUUCCUUGGCAAUGUUUCGACAACCGCACCAUUCUCCCAACAGCAGAUUCAGUUCUUGAUGGCACGUUUUAUGGUACCAAGUCUGGAUGAUGCCGAGCUAGCACAAUUAGAGCGUGACAGAGCCGAUAGAUCACAAUUUGUUCAAGCUUUAAUGUUAUCUACCAUCGCCAAUAUACAGUCAUUUUGUAAACAUACUGACGAUGAUGUGACGGAUGAUUUGAAUUCAUUGAAUUUGGGCGUUGGAGGAGGCAACAACAACAGUAGCGUUAAUAAGAAUGUGAAAAAGUCCACUGGUGAUGCUGAGGAGCAGGAUGGUGCAGCCAACAAGGACGAAGGCAAUUGUGAUAGUCUAAAACAGGUGGAAAGUGAUAGCAGUGUUGCGGAUGAAUUGCAAAGUUUGCAUAGCCCACAGGUUCUUCCACGUGGCGGCGCGAGUCAGCAGCAUUCAGGUAAGGGGAAAUCCUCGUCCAAAUCUUUAUCAGGUACUGGCGGAGGAGGUGGUGGCGGAGGUUGUAUCGAAAGACGGGCGCGUCAGCAGCAACAGGCGGCGAACGCCGCUAAGGCACGCGAGCUAAAGCAGGCAAACUCGUCAACCAACACGCCGAACUCGAUGUCAUCAAAACAUGUUCCCGAUCCUAGGUAGUGUUGUAUAGAAAACAUUUAAAAUAACAAGAGUUAAAAUACACAAGAUUAAUAUCAUCAAAAACGGUAUGAACAAUUCAUUAAACGGUGGAAAGAUAGAAGAAGAGAGUUUAACGAGCACUACGAAAGGAGGUGAAUUAUUAAUACACAUAGAUGCAGAAUAUAAUUGCAAAAUAUAUAACAUCUAGCAUUAUUAUUACUGGAAUCAGAAAAAAAAUAAACACAAUAUUCAACCAGAAAACAACCUAUUGCUAAAUAAUAUUUAUGAACAUAACAAAAAACACCUGCGAUCGAAAUCCUACUUAUUCGAUAAUGGACGUACAUAUGUCAAUGUUGAACGAGACGCUAACGAGUAUUCAAGCACUGUUUGACGGAAUGAAAAAUACAUACAAUGAUAUAACCCUAGCUAAAUUGGAGUCAUCCAACGUCGCUAUGUAACGUAUUUCAAAAGUUCAGAGAUCAGUUUACUAAACUGCCUUUCUACUAUGCAGCCAAAUGGAAAGGUCUGUCAUAUAAGCGUCUUUUCUCAAAAUAUUUCCAUGGCAAUGCGAGCUUUUGGAGAACAUCUUCCCAUUGUAACAUACUUUGUCUUUCAUCAAAAUGCGUAGGGUUCGUUCAAGACUGUUCCGACAUUUGUUCAAUAAAAGAAACUAACACGUCACGGUGAUAUGGCGAUAAACAUUGUUUUGCACACAUUAGUAACCUUCCUCCUCCUUUCGAAUAAAACAAAACUAUUGUGCAUCAAAAGAGCAACCGUUUGACGAAAUCGAGUCAUUGAAAUAAAGAAUAAAUUAGAAGUUAAUUUUUAAUUCAAAACAAUAUGAGUAGGAUGAAAGCGAGUAUAAGAUUUAGAAUAUGCGAUAGCAAACAGGCAAA